CUGUUUGGAAGCCUCAGGGACAAGUAUAUCAUUACAGCCCGCCUGCUCAGACAGAAACUGUGUAAACCCACCCUUGGGGACAGGCAUAGCUCUCCUGGAGCCACCCAGGAACCCGUCUUGGAUACCCGCAAAGUCUCACCGGGACUCUCCUGUCAGUUUUCUCCACACUGCGACCUCCUGGUCACAAGUCUGCUCUCACCAUACUGCCCCUGCCUGCAGUAGUCUGGCUUUCAGCAACUGGGGCAGGACAAACUCUCAACCCUGAAGGUGGCAGAGAAGAGGGAGCGGCAAGGAAGACAGAAUGGGGGCCAGGCAGUCAAGGACCAACUCCAAGGACAAGGACCCCAAGAGGAUGCUGCUCCUGGGGAGGAAACAGAGGUUUUCUUCAUGGGAUGAUACCCUGCUCUUGGGAAAGGACCCACGGUCCCUGCUGAAGCGGGGCAUGCGCCAUGUCAGCUUCAGCUUGGUCACAAAAGGGAUGACGGACAUCCCAGAUUUUCUGUGGGGUUUGUCUGAGGUUCAGAAACUCAACCUGUCCCACAAUCAGCUCCGGGUUCUCCCUCCAGAGGUGGGGAAACUGACCCGCAUCGUGGUCCUGAACUUGUGCGGAAAUCGCCUGAAGAGUCUGCCCAGAGAAGUCAGCCUCCUCCAGAGCCUCAAAGUCCUGUUCGUCAACAUGAACUGCCUGACGGAGGUGCCCGCUGAGCUGAGCCUGUGCAGAAACCUGGAAGUGCUGAGUUUGUCGCACAACUGCCUGUCCCAGCUUCCCGCCAGCUUCUCAGACCUCUCCAGAUUGAGGAAGCUGAACCUCAGCAACAACUACUUUGCGCAUAUCCCCAUCUGUGUGUUCUCACUGAAGGAGCUGGAUUUCUUGCAUGUGGGCUCAAAUCGCUUGGAAAACAUCGCGGAGAGCAUCCAGUGCCUGGCCAGCCUGCAGAUCUUCAUUGCAGAGAGUAAUAACAUCCACUCCUUCCCGAGGUCGCUCUGCCUAGUCACGAGCCUGGAGCUGCUGAACCUGAACAACAAUGACAUCCAGACCCUCCCAGAUGAACUCUACCUGCUGUAUAGAUUGGCAAGGAUUGCCUGGAAUCCCAUGGACAAAGGGCUUCACAUUUCCCAUAACCCUUUAUCCAAGCCCCUGCCGGAGCUGGUGGAGGGGGGCCUGGACAUGCUCUUCAGCUACCUGAAGGACAAAAAGCACAACUGACUGGACACGAAAGGUGUGAAUCGGAGCCAGCUCAUCUGGAUUCUGUCAACUGGGGUACUUCUCUAGUCUAAGAUGCCUUCUCGUGCUGUUAGUGUUUAUCAAUGCUUUUGUUACUGUUUGCUAAAUCACUGUUGAGCAUCCAUCCAUGAGAGGUGUUCACAGUCACCUCCAGGAUAUUAUGUUUAUUUCAUUCUAAACAAAAAUCAAAGUAGCCUUUUGGUUUUCACUAAGGAGAACAAAUUGUUCUAUUCUUCUGCGGAGCAGGGAGAUUCAGCCCUUGGUAGAGUGAAUAACAGAUCUGAAUUUGAUGUAAUUCAAAAGUCAAAUAUUUACUAAGUAUGUACGCCAUGCCCAAUAUGGUAUGAAGCAAUGGAAAUCAUUUGGCUUCAGAUGGUUUCUACCCUUGUGUCAGCAGCCUGCGACCAGGUGGCAACAGCAAGACAAAUUCUAUGUUAGUCUCUGAGCAUCGCAUGGGACCAAAGGGCAAGGGGGAGCUGGGAUCCACAUUGCCGAGGACCAAAACAGGCAAAGUCUUCCCUUCAAGUGCUAGGUAAAUAGUUACAGGAAUUUUUCCUUUAAAGUGCCUAUAAGGUAAUAAUCAAACUGCUCAUGUUUGUGUCUGGGGGCCAGUAACAGGGGUGGCAUGAUGACUUUGAGAUAAUAAAUAUGAACUGAU